AUGUACCUGGUCCCCACGCAGCCUCAUCACUUCGUUGGCAACCACGCACCGCUCCUUGCAUCCUCCUCCCCUGUCUCCUCGCCCGGCUCUUGUCACGGGAACCGCCCAGAAGCGACCUCCAGCGCGCUUCUGUCCACGCUCACCACGCUCAACACCUCUAUGGAACGCAGUGCUGCCGAGUACUCGCAGUCAGGUUUGCCUUCGCCUUACCCAAGCAACUGCGGCGACACCCGUUCUGAAGGAUCAUCUGCAGACCACUCGUCUGCUGCCCACUACUCUUCGCAACAGGAGGUUCGACCCAGCAACUACUCCACCUCGGCCACUCCCACCUCGGAGUACAGCGUCUACCCGCCUUCUGCGCGGUCAGGAUCCUUCCCUGAGCAUAUCCACAGACCAUACCAUCCAGCUAGCAACCCAAGCGGUGGCAGCGGAGGCAUGGCGCAACAAGCAAGCAGUCCGUCUUUGCCCCAGCAAGAUGGACGAAACCAUCAACCCAACCAGCAUCCCAAGUCUGACAACGAUGUACCUAUAGAUCCCUCCAUCGCGGGACCCAGUCCUACCUACGCUUACGGACAGCAAUCGCCUCGCACGGCACGAAGCGAACUCCUGAAGAUUCGUAAAGAAUGGAAGCAGCGCAAGAAGGAGGAAGAAGCUGCUCGCAAGGCCGAGGACGAGCAACGUCGUGCGGCUGCUGCUGCUGCGGCAGCGCAAGCCGCCCAAAACGGUGGCCCAGACCCUCAGUCCGGGCCCGACGGUGGCCCUCCUUCGGGCUAUGGCGGUGGCCGUCUGCCCCCGAUCGGCUACAGCCCCUCCUAUCCUCCCAACGGUCCUCCCUCCGCCGGCGUCCCUCAGCAGCAACCGCUGCCAGAGUACAACGGCACACACAUGUACCAACCCGCCAACUACCAGGCGCAGCCUCCGUCGCCAUAUGGCCAGCCGAGCCAGGGCAUGUACUCUCAACACAACGGGACGCAGCCUGGGCAGGGCCACUAG